CUUCCCCAAUCUUCGCCACCUCCACCUUUCACCACCACCAUCACCUCACCCUGCCGGAAAAAACGCCACCACCUCACCCUUCCACCAUCAUCUUCAACUUCAUCCACCACUACCAUCACCCUCCACUUCGUCCCCCAAAACACGAUUUCUCUCCCAAACACUAACCUUCAUCCCCUCAACUCAAUUCCCACACAAUCCGUUACUAUUGCGUCAACAUUCACGGAGAACAACUGUUAUAAGUAACCGAUUUAAUUUAUUCCGUGUUGCUAGCUAGUUUGUUUUGGUUUUUAAUAAAAAUUGCAGCCUUCCAAAAAAAAGUCUUUUUUAUGAAACUUUAUUUUUCAUGAAAAAUAAGAAAUCAUGUUUGCUUUUUAUUAACCUCAUAAACAAAUGUCAAAUCUCUAGAUCAAGUGUUUGAAGGUUUGUAUUUCUUUUGUGAGAUUCAGGGUUAACUCUCGUUUGGUGCAGAGUAAGAUAUUGGUGGGCAAUGAUAAGAGACCCAGAGAAACUUGAGUUCGAUCUUUGAGCCAAACCGGUUUUACCGAUAAUUUCACCGUCAUGCCUACAGGCAGAUGAAUUAUCGGGUUUUCCCCGAAAUUGAUGAUGGACUCAGGUUACUCUAUUGUAGUGCGUUUGAUAUAGCGGGUAUCACAUAGUGCUCGAGAUUAAUUAUGUUGGUGGUUCAAGAAAAAAAAUCGAAAGAAAUAAAAAUGAUCAUAACUCUUCACAUCCCAAUGUAUAAAUAUCCAUUAAUUACGAUAUGACUGUCUAUUGCAGCAAGAAAUCGUCAUCAAUUACGUGUAAGUAAUCAUUAGUCCGCCGAUUCAUUUACAUGUGGUGGUAAGUAAGAGGUGGUGGUGGUAACUAGAUCAUUCACAGUUUGAAAAUGAAUUUCAGAAAUGGAGAUCAAGCUUCUUCCUUCUACAGAAUCUUGCCCAACAACGACUCAGAAUACCUACCAUUACCGUCUGCUUUUGCCAAAAAGUAUUUGGAAAACGGUGACAACAAGAAGCAAAUCAUUGUUCUGAAAACACAAUCUGGUGUCGAAUGGAGAGUCAAAUAUACAAGGAUUGAAGACAGGUAUUACUUCACGGGUGGAUGGCUCAAGUUCAUGAACAAAAAUCAUCUUCAACUUGGUGACCUUCUCGUCUUUUGGCUUCGGUCUUUUGAUCCAAAACCCAUGUUUGAAGUCAUUAUCUAUUCACCAAAUGGAUGUCUUAAAAACACAACUAGUUCAGACGAUACAGGUUUAGAUCGUAAGAAGAAACCCUCUGUUGAAGAAGCAACAAGUGAUAGUGUUUCGUUGAAAAAUGUGGAUGAGCCGUUGACAUUGCUGAGGGUUGUCAGGAAAACUUACAUAUAUAGAAUGCCGCUGACGAGGGAUUUCGUGAAAGCUGCUGGAAUCGAUGACUAUGGUGUUUUGCGGCUGGAGAACAUCGAUGGAAAGAUGUGGGAUGCUACUUUAGGUAAGAUUGGACCGCACCAGGCCCCAGUCAUUGGAGCAGGAUGGUUUGAUUUCACGAAAGAUAACAAUGUGAAUGUAGGAAGCAGGUGUGUUAUUACUCAUGUUCAAGACAACCUCCUUCGUGUUCAUGUGAGCAAGAAGAGAGGAAGACCCAAAAGAUGUGCCAAACACAGUUCAGAUGAUACAGCUUCUGGUAAUGAGAAGAACCCCUCUGUUGAAGAAGCAACAAGUGAUAGUGUUUCGUUGAAAAAUGUGGAGGAGCCGUUGACCUUGCCGAGGGUUGUCAGGAAAAACUACAUAUAUAGAAUGCCGCUGACGAGGGAUUUCGUGAAAGCUGCUGGAAUCGAUGAAUACGGUGUCAUGCGGCUGGAGAACAACGACGGAAAGACUUGGGAUGCGAAUUUCGAGAAGUCUGGGCCGCGCGAGAUCCCGGUCAUUGGAAGGGGAUGGCCAGAUUUUAGGAAACAUAACAAUCUGAAGGUAGGAAAUAGGUUUGUUAUUACUCAUGUUCAAGACAACCUCUUUCGUGUUCACGUGAGCAAGAAGAGAGGAAGGCCGAAAAGAUGUGCCAAACAAAGUUCAGAUGAUACAGGUUCAGGUAAUGAGAAGAAACCCUGUGUUGAAGAAGCAACCAGUGACAGUGUUUCGGUGGAAAAUGUAGAGGGGUCGUUGACAUUUCAGAUUGAUGUCAAGGAAAGCUACAUGCAUCAAAUGCCAUUGAAUGAGGCUUUCGCAAAAGCUACCCGGAUCAAUGACUAUGACCGUCUGCGGCUAGAGAACAACAAGGGAAAUACUUGGGAUGUGAGUUUGUGGAAUGGCGAGCCGAACCGGGUCCCACGCAUUGGAAGAGAAUGGUCCGAUUUCGUGAAAGAUAAUAAGGUGAAUGUAGGAAACAGUUGUGUUUUUACUCAUGUUCAAGACAACCUCCUUCGUGUUGAUGUGAUCAAGAAGAGAGGAAGACCCAAGCGGUUCAAGUCAAAGGUUGGUUGAUUGUUGGUCAAAGGGGUCCACCUGUAGUCUUCUUGCACUUUGCUGAACUCAUAGCUAAACCGUUUUGAAGUUAUUAGAUACGACACUUUAGGGUUGGACCCGGAAGAUCUUGUUGAACCAUCUCUAAAACUUCUUAUUAUAUAUUAUGAAAUAUUAUGCUUAGUUAUGUUA